AUGUUUCGCGCACAGCAGAACGCCUUCGACGAUGCCAUCGCCAAGGCGACUGACGAGAACCUCACAUCUGAAAACUGGGAAUACAUCUUGGACGUAUGUGACAAGGUUGGCAGCGAAGAAUCAGGCGCGAAAGAGGCAGUUGCUGCCAUGAUUAAGAGAUUGGCCCACCGAAAUGCCAAUGUCCAACUUUACACUCUAGAGCUUAGCAACUCUCUCGCGCAAAACUGCGGCCUGAAAAUUCACCGCGAACUGGCCUCGAGAAGCUUCACGGAUGCGCUUCUGCGUCUCGCCAAUGAUCGUAAUACACAUCAACAAGUCAAGUCCAAGAUUUUGGAACGUAUGGAGGAAUGGACUGAGCUUUUCAAAUCUAACCCUGACUUUGGCAUUAUGGAGCAAGCUUAUAUGAAGCUGAAGACCCAGAAUCCGAAUCUACAGCCCCCUUCUAAACCGGUCAAGAGCGAAAUCACAGAUUUCGAUCGCCGAAAGGAGGAAGAGGAGCUGCAAAUGGCACUGGCUCUUUCUGUUAAGGACAAGAAUCCAGUGGCUCCCACACCCCAGGCCGAAACAUCUUCGUCUGCUGCUGCCACACCUGCAUCUGCGGCAUCCGCUGCCGGAAGCCAACCACAGGCUGCUGCAUCCCAGCCAGUUGCAUCUGGAACAUCUGCAGCCACAGUGUCGCGAGUUCGAGCUUUGUUUGAUUUCCAGCCCUCCGAACCUGGGGAGCUCCAAUUCCGCAAGGGAGAUACCAUUGCUGUUUUGGAAUCAGUCUAUAAAGAUUGGUGGAAGGGCUCUUUACGUGGUCAGACCGGUAUCUUCCCUCUCAAUUAUGUAGAGAAGCUUCCAGACCCGACAGUUGAGGAGCUGCAACACGAGGCGCAAAUGGAGGGAGACGUUUUUGGACAGAUCAAGAAUGUCGAGAAGCUCCUGACUCUUUUAAGCACUCGCAGCUCAGAUCUCAACGUUCAGGAGAAUGAGGAGAUCACGACACUUUAUCACUCCACACUAGCGAUUCGACCUAAGCUGAUAGAAUUGAUUGGCAAAUAUUCUCAAAAGAAAGAUGAGUUCACUCAACUCAACGAGAAGUUUAUUAAGGCCCGUCGUGAUUACGAGUCUUUGUUGGAGGCCUCCAUGGCCCAUCCACCACAGCCAUACGGACGGCCUGGUCAGCAGAAAUUCGGAUAUCCGGCUGCCGCGCCAGCUGGCUACCCACCAAGUGCAUUCUAUGGUGGUGCUGAGCAAACAAUGCCUUAUCGGCCAGCUACGCAAUCUCCUGGCCAGUUUGCAGGAGGAACACCUCAGCCGGGACAGUCCCAAGCGCCUUCUGAUCCUUACAUGCACCACCGACCUCAGUCUACAUAUGACCACCCACAAGAAUUAGGAACAACUGCCUAUGACUCCCCUGUGGAAACACAGUCUGCCGCUGCUCAUCAUCCUGGCUAUCCACCAAGUGGCCAAGCGCCUUCUGCUCCCCACCAACAAUUUCAACAUCAACAAGGUCAGGACUAUUCGCCUACUGCCUAUCCAGGUGAAGAUAACUCUCAGGUGACGCCUACAUCCGGUGCUCCCCAACAUGGAUAUUCUUCCCAGCAACAUGCUUCAGCCCAACCGCCGUACCCCAAUUCUCAACCUACCCACCAGCCUUCUCCCUCCCACCAACCACCUCCAGUUCCCGGAUCACAGCAGCCACCUGCUCAGUACACGGCCUUUAACCCAGCUCCAGGACCUUCGGCUCCGGGUACUGGAGAGUACCAGCCAUAUCAGCCCUCAGCAGGUGGUGCAUCUACCUCCAACCCUGCUUCUUACUACAGAUAG